AUGGCAUAUCUAAUGCCCGUGUCGCGACGGCUAGCCAUGAGGCUUGCCGCCCCUGCCUCCGUCUGUCGCCAAUGCGUUCAGCGUGCGCCCGCUACUGCUACCCGUUCGCGUGUCCUCGAUGCCGUUCGACAGGCCCGAGCCUUCCCCGCCCAGCAAGUCCGCUUCAACACCACGACCGCUACGGUUUCGGAGCAGCUCAGAGCUGCCUCGGAAAGUACCGCUGCCGCUGAUGCGACCACGACGACAAAGAGCAAGAGGCCCGAGUUCACCACUUCCAAGGCUGUUGGCCUCUGGCUCCUUGGUUCUGCCGUCAGCGUGUUUGGCAUUGUCAUCUUUGGCGGGUUGACCCGUCUCACUGAAUCCGGCUUGAGUAUAACCGAAUGGCCAUCUCCCGAGUUCCAGCUUCUCAACCCGCACAUGACCCUCGCCGAGUUUAAGAAGAUCUAUUUCAUGGAAUGGGCCCACCGCGUCUGGGGCCGUGUCAUCGGCGUAACCUUCGUCCUGCCCGCCCUCUACUUUGUUGCCCGCCGCCGUGUCUCCCUCCCCAUGGCCUUCAACGUUGCUGGACGACCUCUUCGCUCCGGGAUCCCACCCCGCGUCUCCCAGUACCGCCUCACCACCCACUUCGCCGCCGCGAUCGUCUGCUACUCAUGGAUGCUCAUCUCUGCCCUCACCGUGCUGCGUAACCGCCGCAUGCUCGCCGACCCCGCUGCCGCUCUCAAGACUAUUGCCGCCCUCCGGAACCCCGCCCUCACUACCCUCCGACGCUCCGCCACCGCUCUCGCCAUCCUCGUCUUCACCACUGCCCUUUCCGGCGCCCUUGUUGCCGGCCUUGACGCCGGUCUCAUCUACAACGAGUUCCCCGCAUGGGCCUCGGCCUAG